GCAGUUUCCAAUACAUACAUUCAGUGUAUCACAAUUAUUGAAAUAAAAUAUGUGUUUACAAGUAUUGAGCUCAUAACAUCUGUUAAAUUUGUACGCAAAGUUUCCUGAUCCAUAAUUUCAGUACUCGUUCGAACGACGCCUACUCAAAUUGCAUAAAUAAUUUCGUUGACAAUUUGACAAUAAUCUUCCAGCAAAAAUGCCAAUUUGCACAGUCACACGUGAAUUACACACCGGCAGUCUGUGGCAUAUCCACCUGUUUGGUUUGAUGGCCCACCUGGAGAGUGAGAUCAAAGCAAAAUUUCCGGAACUUGUUUCACAUGGGACCGGACAUGCGAAAUACUUGUACGUUGGGGCAGACCUGCUUGGACCACAUAAUCCAGAAAAUCCUCCCGUCCAAUUGCUUCACGACCAAAUUAUUAAUGGAAAUACGGACAUCACCUUCUCGGUGGUCUCAAACUAUCUCAACUUCCUGGAUUACAACGGCUACAAAGUUCUUGACACUACUGUAGUUUACACUGGUAAAGGGGAGAAAAUAAUUUACAUUCUGCAAAACUGAUGUCUUUCGGGUCGCCUAAACUUUUCGCCAUCAAAAAUCAUGAGGAAAUAACUGAAAAAGGAGAAAAUAGUUUACUAAAAUUUAUGGCAUAUGUACAUAUGUAUGCAAAUAUGUAGUUGGAUAACCUAAUGAAAGGUGUCUCUUUUCGGACGACCACAUCUGCGUUCCGUUAAGAUGCGUUCUAAACUGUCCAAAGCAAAUUUGUACAUGUGCACAAUGUUCAAAACUGUCAGUCUUCAAUGAAGACUCUUCAUUACAUAUAUAUACGUCAAAUUAUUGCCGGAAAAUCUUGUAAAAUUAUACACCAUUUGUGCACCAAUUAUCAAUUAGUUUUGGACAUUUUAAACAUCCAAAAUUCCAUGACCAAAACUGACUACACCUGGUUUUGGAUAGCUGAUUUGGAUGUGGUUAUAAAACCAGAGCGAAACCCUGCUUAAUGUCGACGCACUACAUUUAUGUAUAUAUUGAAGUAUAUAAGUAUUUAAGUGACAAUUUCAGAUAUACAAAGAUAUUUAAAUAUAUGAAUGACAAUGAAAUAAAUGAAACAUAAAUGUUAA